CUGAAGUCACUCCCCCUCGUCACGUCCGAGUCGCGCUUCAUAGCAGCUGUGCACGUGACGAGGAAGCGAGAAACCGUUCUCAGAUUUUUUUUUCAAUGAUUGAUGUCACCAAACUUGAGUUCAAAGGAUGAACAGGGGCCGGGGAGUGAGGAAAAGAAAUGCACCAGAAAAAGCAAGCAUCCUCGAAACCUGUGAUGAGGAGAUUCGUGCAGAAGUUGCCCAGCUCUUCAACAAGGUCAGAAGUUAUGUUCCACCUGAAGGGGAGAAAUGGACGUUGCCUGACCCAAACGUGGUGCUCUGCGAUCCUCACGUGAGUCACCCACGUUUGCAGGCUCUGAAACAUUCUCUAAAUGAAGUCAAGAAUCAGCUCAGCGAUAAAGAUCUGUCAGUAUGGCACCAGCACACUUGUUUCACCAACCGAGCAGGCACUGUUACCUCCCACCUUCGCUCUACGACCAAUGCAGAGCUCUGCACUCAGGCUUGGGCCAAGUUCUAUGAGAUCUUAGGCACUUUUCAACUUCUGCCUGACAGCGCAUUGAAGACUGGUGAGUUGAACUCUAUACACCUGUGCGAAGCUCCUGGUGCCUUCAUAUCAGCUCUGAAUCACUUCCUCAAGACCAGCGGCCUGCACUGCGACUGGAACUGGAUUGCCAACACUCUAAAUCCAUACUACGAAGCCAACGGACGUGGUUGCACUAUUACCGAUGACAGACUCAUCGUACACACUCUGCCUUGGUGGUUCUUCGGAUCCGACAACACAGGUGACAUAAUGCUUCAGAAGCAUCUGCUGGAACUGCCGAGAUUUGUGAGCAACAUGCGCAGUGUUGAUUUGGUUACAGCAGAUGGAAGCUUUGACUGUCAGGGAGACCCAGGGGAGCAGGAAAGAUUAGUUGCUCCGCUACAACAUUGCGAAGCCAUUUGUGCGCUGCUGCUGUUAGGAACUGGAGGCUCAUUUGUCCUAAAGAUGUUCACACUUUUCGAACACUCAUCUGUCUGCCUGCUGUAUCUCCUCGCCUGCUGCUUUCGCUCCGUGAACAUCUUCAAGCCAGGCACCAGCAAGUCUGGAAACUCAGAAUUGUAUAUAGUGUGCUUGGACUAUCAGGCCAAAGAACAAAUUCGGCCAUUGCUCUCAAAGUUAAUCCGUAAUUAUGGACCAGACUUGGCAUCCACAGCGUCGCUCUUUCCCCGUCGCUGCAUUCCAGACUCCUUUUUAAGUCAGCAUGAAGAGAUAUGCACUUUUUUCCAAGCAUUGCAAGUCAACACUAUUCAGGAGAACCUCAGGCUUUUCGUAUGCAUGAGCACAGAGCAGCGCAGGCGAUUGGAGCAGCUCAGGGAAUACGCUGCAGAGUUUUAUACUAAACGGUUCAGUGUUCAAUACCUCCCUCGGAAAAGCUGGGUUUGUAGAGGCGGCGUGGUUAGAUGGGUAAAAGUUUGUGAGCGGAAGCAAAUGGGCUCUUUAAAUCAGCGCAAGGAGAUGGAGCUUCAGGGAUGGAAGCAGCGUCUUGCCCAAGGAAAUUAUGGGCCGUUCAUAGAGAAGCAUCUUGUUGCAGCAGAAGGAUGUGAGGUUGUACUCAAUGGCCCAUUGGACGAGUGCGAUUUGGGAGCCUGGUUUGCCCUUGAGGGAGCUGCCCUACCGAAAGUCUGCAGUUCCACCUUCUGUGAUCAAGAAAUGCUAGACUUUCUGAAUGAAGCUCUGGAAGGGAACCUGCGGGUCAAAACAGUGAACUGGUCCCUCAAAGCCUUGCCAACAUGCAGCUCCUGCAGCUCUGACUCCCCUGUAAGCAUCUUAUCUGAGAUAUGCAGUCAUCCGGAUGUGACAUCUUGUUUGGUGCUGGGUAGCCAGUCUUGGUGUGACGACAAACUAACAGGCGUUCGAAUCCAGCCUGAGUUUUUGCAAGGACCCUCUUAUUGUGGGGUGCAGAACGUCACAAUGCAUGAUGGACAACCAGACUAUCAACUCGAGCUUCUGAAUGCUGUCCUGUUCGCUCUACAGAAGCAGGAUCAGGGCUCAACCCUGGUGAUUCCCUUAAGUUCUGCGUUGACACGCUUCACCUCUGGACUGGUUUUCACACUCCACCUGUGCUUCCGUUACAUCACAUUCCGAUGCUUGUCUGGUUGGCCUCCCGCUGCUCUGGUUUGCAUGGGUUUCUCUCCACCUUCAGCCUUACCCAGCCUUCUGGACUUUCUCCAGAAUGUAAUGGAGAAGAUGAAGAAAGUUAAACUGGGAAGGCAGGUUCUGCAGUUUGUGCCUUUAGAGGAACUUCUCAGAGGGGAAUUACCUCACUUCUUGUCUUCCUUCAAUACAGCUGUGAUCCGCCAGCAGCUGCAUAUGCUAAUACAGCUUGAUCAGAGCACAUAAUGCUAGCCCAGCAUGGCUUUAUCCUCUGGAAGAACUUAUCAUUUCGAGUAUAUUCAUCAUAAUCAUGCCUCAGUUUGCUUAGAUUGAAGACAUAGCCUCGGUUGUGCUAGUGCCACGGUGGACAUUUAGGUUGUAUUGGAACACAGAUUUCCCCCAUUUUAGAUAUUUACACUGGGGAGGAUCUCUUUCUUUAACUUUGAAUGUGCUGCAUAUGACUGGGAUUUUCUUUAUAGAUAUAUUUAUGUAAGAGCAUGUGCAGUUCAACAUUUUUUAUUCUAAUAUUUAUAUUUGUUGCCUAGGGCUUUUUUAUACACUAAAGUUCUUGAGUUGACUCAAAUUGUCUGUCCUGCCUGAUUUAUUAAAACCCUUUCUUUAUGGGCA